GUCAGCCAGGCAGCCAGUCCGGCGGCCAGUCAGCCAGUCCACAAUUCUCUCAGUCUGUCAGCCGGUCAGGAGCGACUGGCGCUCGCCGCGGGCCGGGACAGAAACGCCGCGCCCGGGUAGGAGGUGGAGGCGACGGCAGCUGGGGCCGCCAGAGGACUGAGCAGCCGCCGCGAUGGAGCAGCUAUCAGAUGAAGAAAUUGACCAUGGUGCUGAAGAAGACAGUGACAAAGAAGAUCAGGACCUGGACAAAAUGUUUGGAGCCUGGCUUGGGGAACUGGACAAACUCACACAGAGUUUGGAUUCUGACAAAUCCGUAGAACCAGUAAAAAGAUCUCCUCUUCGCCAGGAAACAAACAUGGCCAAUUUUUCUUACCGUUUCUCCAUAUACAACUUGAAUGAAGCUCUGAGUCAAGGAGAGACUGUGGAUCUGGAUGCACUGAUGGCCGAUCUUUGCUCUAUAGAGCAGGAGCUCAGUAGUAUUGGUUCAGGAAGUAGUAAGCGACAAAUCACAGAACCAAAAGCUACUCAGAAAUUAGCUGCUAGCCGACAUCCAUCAAAACACGGCACCUUAAAAGGACUGUCUUCUUCGUCUAAUAGGAUAGCUAAACCUUCCCAUGCUAACUACUCCCUGGAUGACAUCACUGCACAGUUAGAACAGGCCUCCUUGAGCAUGGAUGAGGCUGCUCAGCAGUCAGUACUAGAAGACACUAAGCCAGUGGUUACCAAUCAGCACCGAAGAACUGCAUCUGCGGGCACAGUGAGCGAUGCUGAAGUGCGCUCUAUGAGUAACUCCUCUCGUUCUAGUGUCACUUCUGCAGCCUCCAGCAUGGACUCUCUGGAUAUUGAUAAAGUGACACGCCCUCAGGAAUUGGACCUAACACCUCAGGGGCAGCCAAUUGCUGAGCAUGCUAUUUCUCAGAGAUGUCCCAGCAAGCAGGCCCAGCAUCUUACUGACUUCACAGAAGAACAGGCUGAGCUGACACCUCACUCCUAUUUGGACAGGGAAACAUCCCUUCUUCUGAGAAACAUUGCAGGAAAACCUUCUCAUUUGCUGACCAAGGAAGAACAGGCAGCAAAAUUGAAAGCUGAGAAGAUCAGAGUUGCCCUGGAGAAAAUUAAAGAGGCACAAGUGAAAAAGCUGGUGAUUAGAGUCCACAUGUCUGACGACAGUUCUAAAACAAUGAUGGUGGACGAGAGGCAGACAGUGAGACAAGUGCUGGCUAACCUGAUGGACAAGUCCCACUGUGGCUAUGGUUUAGACUGGUCGCUGGUGGAAACCAUUUCUGAGUUACAAAUGGAGAGAAUCUUUGAAGAUCAUGAAAACUUGGUUGAAAAUCUUCUCAAUUGGACAAGAGAUAGCCAAAACAAGCUUAUAUUUAUGGAACGCAUAGAAAAAUACGCACUAUUCAAAAACCCACAGAAUUACCUUCUGGGGAAAAAAGAAACAGCUGAAAUGGCAGAUAGAAACAAAGAAGUACUGCUAGAGGAAUGCUUUUGUGGAAGCUCUGUAACUGUACCAGAAAUUGAAGGAGUCCUUUGGUUGAAAGAUGACGGCAAGAAGUCCUGGAAGAAGCGGUACUUUCUCUUACGAGCAUCUGGUAUCUACUAUGUCCCUAAAGGGAAAGCAAAGGUCUCUCGGGAUCUGGUGUGCUUUCUCCAGCUGGAUCAUGUCAAUGUUUACUAUGGCCAAGACUAUCGAAACAAAUACAAAGCACCUACAGACUAUUGUCUGGUGCUAAAGCACCCACAGAUCCAGAAGAAAUCCCAGUACAUCAAAUACCUCUGCUGUGACGACAUGAGGACCUUGCAUCAGUGGGUCAAUGGAAUCCGAAUUGCGAAGUAUGGGAAGCAGCUCUACGCAAACUAUCAAGAAGCUAUGAAGAGGACAGAAUCUGCCUAUGACUGGACAUCCUUAUCCAGCUCCAGUAUUAAAUCAGGAUCCAGCUCUUCCAGCAUCCCAGAGUCUCAGUCCAACCAUUCUAACCAGUCCGACAGCGGAGUGUCCGACACCCCGCCGGCAGGCGCGGGCCAUGUCCGCUCGCAGAGCGCUGUGAGCUCCAUCUUCUCAGAGGCCUGGAAGCGCGGCACGCAGCUGGAGGAGAGCAGCAAGGCCAGGACGGAGUCCCUGUGUCGGCCCUACGCCUCGCUGGUGACCCCUCUGUCCCCGCAGAUGCGGCCCAGCGCCCCCUGUGUGGCCUCCCAGCCCUCGCCCCCGCUGCCCCCGCCACCCCCACCCCCGCCUCCGCCGCCACCGCCACCGCCGCCGCUGCCCAGCCAGGCUACGCCGUCCUCGGGCGCCGCCGCCGCGCCCACCUUCGUCAAGUACAGCACCAUCGCGCGGCUGCAGCACGCGGCGCAGCACUCGGGCUCCCUGUUUAAGCCGCCGCCCCCGGGGGCGCCGCAGCCGCCCGCGGCCUCGCAAGCCAGCAAGCCUCAGCUCCUGGUGCCCCCUACCGGCGACAUGCCGCCCCCGCCACCGCCUCCGCCACCCCCAACCCCCGGCUCGGCGAUGGCCCAGCUGAAGCCGGCGCCCUGCGCCCCGGCCCUGCCGCAGUUCAGCCCGCCGCCGCCGCCGCCCCCGCUGCCCAAGGCCCCCCACUCGCAGCCCGUGCCCCCGCCGCCUCCGGUCAAGAAGCCGCCGCCGUUCCCCACGGCACCGGGGCCCCCGCCCACGCUGCCCAAGCAGCAGAGCUUCGGCGGGAAGCCGCCGCCCUCUCCGCUGGCGUCUGCUGCUGUGAAACAGCUGGCCAGCCAGUGCCCGCCGCCCGCUCCCGGGGACGCGCCGCCCCCGAAGCCCGGCCCGGUGCACCCCCCGCCGCAGUCCCCCCCAGCCGUGAAGGCAAAGCCCAAGUGGCAGCCCGGUGCCGCCCCUGUCCCGUCGCCCGACUUCCCGCCGCCGCCGCCAGAAAACAGCCUGGUGUUUCCACCGCCGCCCCCCGUGGCCCCGGCCUCCGAUAAAGGCGGGUCUCCGGGCAAGAAGCCCGGGAAGCUGGCUAGCCCCGGGGGAAAGAAGCCGCCGCCCGCACCGCAGCGCAACUCCAGCAUCAGGGUGGGGGGCGUGGGCAGCGAGCAGCCAGAGCCCGCGAGGCCCUCGGUGGACAGCCUGGUGAGCAGGUUCGCGCCGCCCGCCGAUGAGGCCCCGCCGCCGCCGCCGCCACCCGCGCCUCCCAAGCCCGGGAAGCUGCAGCUCUCCGCGGUCGGGGUCGGGGUUGCCUUCCCCAGCGCGCCAGGGGCAGAGGCGCCUGCCAGAGCCGCCGUGCCAGGCGGGCGCGGGAAGGACUCAGGGCUGGAGUUCCCCUCACCACCAUCAGAUUCUGACUUCCCGCCCCCGCCCCCCGAGACCGAGCUGCCCCUGCCCCCCGUGGAGAUCCCGCCGGUGUUUUCUGGAAGCGGAACCGCCUCCCCCAAAGUGGCCGUGGUGAAUCCCCAGCCGCAGCUGUGGUGUAAGACGUCCGUGAAGAAGGCCCCUCCGCCCACGCGACCCAAGCGCAACGACAGCACCCGCCUCACCCAGGUAGAGCCCCCGGAGCCGCCAACGCUGGCUGCAGUCGUGCCACAAGUGCCCACAUCUCCCAAGUCCAGCCUUAGUGUCCAGCCUGGAUUCCUGGCUGAUCUCAACCGGACCCUACAGCGGAAGUCCAUCACCCGGCACGGCUCGCUGACCUCCACACGCGUGUCCCGGGCCGAGCCUACUGCCACCAUGGAUGACAUGGCCCUUCCCCCGCCGCCCCCUGAACUGCUCGCCGACCCGCAGAAGGCUGUCUACGGGGGCAGUCACAUAUCAGGCUAUGCAACCUUGCGGAGGGGGCCGCCUCCCGCUCCCCCCAAGAGAGACCAGAGCACCAAGCUUUCGAGGGACUGGUAGCACCUGAAGCGAUGUCUGCGCUCUCUGUAAUCGGUUUUACAAUCAGCUCAUCUGGUCACCUGUGAUUUCAGGUGGUCAGAGCCUCCUGGUAUGAUGAUAUUCAGGUAGUUUCCGGCCGUGUGUGUGCGUGUAUGUGUACACGUGUGUGCAUAAGUGUAUUUGUAAGUAUGUAUGUAGAGAACAGAGUAGUUGUAUUUAUUCCUUCCCUCUACAAAUCUGAACAUGGGUUUUGCGUAUUUGGGGUGGAAGAGGCAUGGACGGGGCUGUUUACUGUCUUAGGAUUUGUCUGUCAUGUAGAUUGGACCAAAACCUUCUGCUUACUAAGAAGGUAUUUUGUAAGUGUCUGUGCAGUCUCCUCGUGCAUGUCGUAUAGUACACAGUUAAGUGUGUAACACGUUUCCGUUUGAGAAAGUGUUUGGCAUAGCUUUUGUGUUUGGUUUUCCCAAGUUGGCCGAGUUGGAGCUGCUUGAGAGAUGCCUCAGGACUCCACUGCGGGGCCCUUUAAAUCAGGAGAGCAAUGUGAGCUUGGUAGAGGGCACAGCAUUCAGGAAGGGAAUGUCCUCAGGCCCCAUGUGAGAACCCUUGGUGUGCCUGCCCCGCCCCGCCCCGCCCCAGCAGUGCUCCUCAGAGGGAAACCUAUGUGACCCCGACCCUCAGCCCCCCUGGCUGCUGCGAGCACUGUCUCGUCAACUUGGCGUUGUGGUUGUUUUAGGUUUAUUUUGAGAAUGUCUAAGGCAGUCUGCACUGUCCCGGUCCGCCCGGGUCACCAGCUAACCUUCUCUCUGGUGUAUACUUUAGGUGGAUGCUGAAAUCUGUAAACGGUAUAUAAUAAUACACUUCUCUGCCCAAUACAGUGCAUUAACAAAAAAAAAAAAAAAAAACCACCUUCUGAAAUAUGUCUUCUUUGUGUAUUGCUCUCUGAAAGAGGAAGAACGAACACAACCGGGUCCUGUAUGGAUGUCAUGAACCAGGCAGUAGAUGAGCCAUAAUGCAGAAUUCAGAGAACCCACCAGGCAUGGGACUAGCGCUGAGGGAGUCUGAGGUCCCCGGUGAUUGUGUGCUGCCUAGCGCGCUGCCGGCUGGGGACACAGGUCUAGGUGCCCGGCCAAUCUGACCUUCCAAAGCGUGCACAUGCAGUUUGGCAGAACAAGAACACCCUGUGCUUCUCUAAGCUUCACACGCUAUGUAUUUUUUUCUAUUGAUUUUCCUUUGUACGUGAGACAAGUAUGUACCGUACUGUCUCAUCAGUUUACCUGGAUAAACCGUCACAAAUAAAAGCAACCUUAGAGCUGCACUCAAACAAGAAUAAAACUUGGCCACCCAGCAAUGAGAAAUGACACCUCUUGAAGUGAAAGUCUGUUCCUGUCAUGAAGAUUACCAGUGUAAGCUUCCCCACCGCAGAAAGUGACAUCAGUGAAUAGGCGACAGACGGUAAACAAGAAUAAAUUAAAGUUGUACGGUGUGCAAGGCAUCACUGUAAUCCACUCUCUAAGAAAGAGCUGCCUCUGGUAAGAGGAAGCUGUGCUUCCCAGGGUAUCGCCAGGAGCUGUUCAGUCUAGUCAUGCCAGGGGGAAGCAGUAAGACACAACUUUGCAUCUUGUUGUAACCUGCGUCUUUUAAAAGCACGCAGUUUUCUUUGAUGCUUAGGAAAUGCCCUUCACCCUAGUUGUGUCACCCACGCUCGCACAGCGGUGUGGGUACCCUGAAAGUAGACUGCGUGGCUGCACCCGCUCCGGGGCAGAAGCCUUUCCACAGGCUUCUACUUGUUGCUUUUGGGGCAUUUUUGCAGGGUAAAGUUACUCAUAAAUCAGGCUACCUAAAUACUCUCCAUUAAGGUUUUUGAGUUUUGUUUUUUUUUUUUCAUGAAAGCAGACUAUGUUUCUUGAUGAGGAAACGUAAUACAUCUCUACCUUCACCUCUGUGUCCUAGAGCAGGCUUUGCUACCAAGGUGGCCUCGUUGGCAUCCAUCCUCAUGCUCGCCAUGCUGAGCUGCAGCCACCUGAGCUGUGCUUUCCUGAAGCAGCAGCCAGCCGUGUGGUCACUGGCGUGCCAAGUGGAGCAGGCCGGAGGCUGACCCCAUCUUGACAAGAGGCAGCUCCUCUUAUGUUCCUCCAAAAAUGUAAACAGCGAGUUUUGUUCUAAUCUUAUGUGUGCAAUAAGUGCAUCAAAGGAACCAAAGUGACUCUGAUUGUACUUCUAGGGCUUUACUUCCCCGUGGGGUUUCUCUGUGGGUUUUGGUUGGAAUGUAGGUGUGGAGCUUUUUCUUUUCCUGCCGAGACUGUAUUUUUGUGGCUCCGUCUCUGGUGUGUCCCUCAGACAGCACUUGUAUUGCUCCUGCUUGUGCUGGCUGCUUCUCUGCCCAGCACCCAUUGGUGCCGCAGGCACCGACCACCUUCACUCCUGGGGACAGCAUCACAGCUGCAUCGCAGCAGAUCUUGUUCUUAGCUAAUGACUGCCUUUACUAGAGACAGUUAAAUACAGAGUUCUGUGUUGAAUUUCAGCAAGUUGGCCUUCACUACUCAAAAGAUUUGAAUAUACUUUUUCCUUAUAUAGUCAAAUUCUCACUUGGAAAGGAAAAUUAUCCUUCAGGAUUUUAGAUGCCCAGUCAGCUAUAAACUGGGUUUUUAGGACUUCUAAGUUGCAGGGAACUUUUCACAAGAUUUUAAACAGUAAUGCAGCGAUGACAGUGUUUCAGUCCCCCAAAAUCAAGGUGCUUCUACCACUGGCAGUAUGUCUCAAGAGGACUGGGACCCACCCUUGGGUCCCUUCAUGGGACCUUGUCACUAAAGUCAAUGAAGAAUUUAUCAAGAAAGAUUAACAAAGUAGAGACCAUAAUUCUGAUGGUGACAGUUCUGAGAUCAAGAUUAUAGGAACUGUGCGUUCAAGUUUCAGAAACUGCUAUGUUGGGAGAAUACUGCUGGUAAGACACUUACCUAAAGGAUGCUGGAUGGUAAACAUUGCUACACAGUGUCUCAGGCAAUGGUGUGGCUUGGGUUUGAUUUGAAAGUUAGAACCCAAUCACCUUUUUCAGCUAAAUCAGUUUGUUACAAACACAAGGUAAUUUUUAAACAAUUAAAAAUAGUUCAUUCCUAUUUCCAUGCAUCAUUACCAGACUUUUUUCAUAGACCUUCAAAAAUUUCAGCUGAUGUAAUGCUACAGAAUUUAAUAAAGGUUAGACCAAAUAAACCAGUAUCACUCUUUCAGUGGUAUAAUGACUUGCUCUUAACAAAGUAGAUAUAACUUACACACUUGCUGAGACAUUGUUUUAAAAAUGCUUUUAGAUUGCAAACACAGGCUGGUGUUGAUUUUUUUCUAUACAUCUUCAUUUGUAUAAAGGAUACCUCUGACCCUGGAGGAGUGUAAUCUCUCACUAAGGGGAGAUUUGAUCCAAAAAGAAAAUGCAAGUACAACAGAAUCAAAUAGCUCAUUUCCUUUCCAGAUGUUAAGACCAUUUUCAUACCCUUAGUACUUCAACCCACAAAAAAUAGUGCUCAGUUCUUAUUGAGACCUUAGAACUAUAUAAUAGAAAUCAAAUAUAGCCUGGAAAUAAACUUGCUCGAUAAAAAUAAGCAGAAGCAACAUCCUUGAGAAACAGUUGAAGGCAGGGGAACCUCUCAAAUUGGUUUGCUCUUUAUUUGAAGUAAUGAACCGUUUAGGAGAGAGAGGUAUUUGCUGUAAGCCCCUGUGCCUUUAACUCAGCAGAAUAGCAUUUUCUGAGGUGCUAAUGAAAGCUGUGUUGGCAGAAAUAGAAAAGUGAUGAUCCUACAAAAAGAUGGACUUCAUCUACCUAAGUAAGUCUGGCUAUCUCCUACCAAAGAUGUUAAGAGAAAUGAAUCAAGUCAGGGUGGCAAUUCUGUCCUGACAGCGAGUUGGGGGGAGGGGGGGGCGUGGCUGGCUGUUAACACCAAGCACUUGACUGCUGAGGUUUUCAACCUGCCUGCACUCUCCCAAGGGGAAACUUCAAAAACUGUCCACUGUUCAUUGUCUGUAUGGUCUACCUAAUACCAAAAACUGCCGCUUUUCAUCAUGAUUCCCACCUCCUAAAACUUUUCUAUUUGUAAAUAAUCCCUCCUAGAAAACAAGCAUUAACUGGAAUGUUUCAAAUGAAUUUUGCUGAAUUUUAUGAUCAGCUACUAGUGAACUCUUCUUAUAGAGAUACAUAUUUAAGUAAAAUACUAGUUGCUCAGUGUUGUUAAUUGUUUACUAUUUUAAAGGAAAUUUGCACAUUUUACUUAACUGGGAUUGCUUCCUCCCCUUCCCGAGGGGGUGGCACUCAAGGCUGACUGACUUCUGGCUGCGGGAACUUUGUCAUUUGAUAUACAGUGCAGAAAAUGUACUUUUUAAAGCAUGGGAAAGAUGACAAGGAACUGCAUUAUAAAGUACUGGAUAGAGGACAUUAUUCAGAGGAUUAUGCACAGCUCUGUGAAGAUGAAAGUGUUCUUUUAGCUUUGUUGCUACUUGUUCUGCUUAAAUGUAUGCUCAUUUCAUUAUGUGCCUUGCUCCCAGAUUUCGCAAAACUAUAUAUAUAAUACAUAUAUCACAUAUAUAUAUAUAUAUAUAUAUAUGAGAGAGAAAUAUAUUCAGUACUACUGAUGGUGUUCUUGUUCUGCUGGAUUAAGUUAUUUUCCAACUUAUUGUCAGUAAACUAUUGUAAUGGGUUAGGACAGCAGUCAUACAUUCAGUAUAAAUUUGUUUUUCCAGUUGCAUUUUGUUAUGUCAACCUACCCAAUCUCAAACCUUAAAACGCAUUUGAACAGGGACAUUUUGUGGAUGGGCACCACUAAGAACCUGGGGUACCAAAAAUGCUAUUCCGUAGGAACAAAUUAAGUGUAAAGACUAAUAAACUAUGGUUUGAUGUGUUCAAUGUUAGCUUUAAGAGUUAUCUGUAACAGACUGGGGAGCUUUGGCCAUUAAACACAUUUUAAAAGAUAA